AUGACAAAAGAGAAAGGUGAAUUAAAUAAUUCAUGGUAUGAAGAAAAAGAAAAUAAAAUAGUUUCAGAAGAACAUUAUACAUUUGAAUUUAUAAGUGAAAGAGAAACAAAAAAUCCAAGUGUAAAAAACAGCACCUUAGGAAAUUAUAAAGAUAAUAAGAUAGAAUCAUUUAAUAAUACCUAUUCCAUUUGUUCCAAUUUGAAUAUAGUGGAUUCUUUAAAAGACACACAUGAUAAAAAGGAUAUAACUACAUUUGGCAAGAUGUUAUCAAAGCAAGGAAGGACUGAAUUUUCUCCCACUUAUGUAAAUAAAAAUAGUAAAAGAAAAUAUGAUCAAGAAAAGCGUACUUAUUCAUUUUUUCAAAGGCAUCGAAGCAGUUACAAAGAAAGAAACAAUAGUAAAAAUGUUAAUAACAUGGAAGAGAAUAAUAUGAUCAGGGAUUAUGAUGAGGAUGAUAAUAUUAUGAAAAAGAAUGAAGAAAGGGAUGUCCUUUAUGACACUAUCACUAACAAUAGUGAUAUUAAUAAUGAUUAUAAUAAUAAUAAUAAUAAUAAUAACAACAAUAAUGACAAUAAUAAUAAUAGUUCUGGUAAUAAUGAUGGGAUAGAGCCUUUGAGAAGAAACGAAAUAAAUAAAUACCCGUACAAUAAUAAUCAUAAAAAUUAUAUAAUUAACACUUAUAAUAAUAUGGAGACAAAACAGAAUAUAAUGUUUAAGAGUAAAUCAUUUAACCGACAUAUUCCAUAUGAGAAAAAGGAAGGUAUGAAGAUAUUCAGAUCUAGCACUAAUCAAGAUAUUUUAGAAAAUGAUUAUGGAAAUUCUUUUUUGAAAACGGGAUCCAAUUAUCCAUCAAAAUUAAAAGAGAAAGGAAUGGAUAUUAAUCAUUACAAUACAAUUAGAGAAUCAAAUUAUGACUUUAAGAGUGCUUUAAAUGUACAAUUUUGUAAAACAAAAAUGUGUCCAUAUAUGAACACUAAAGAAAAAUGUAAAAGAUUUUCAAACAAUAUGUGUCCAUAUGCGCAUGAUAAAAGUGAGCUGAAACCUAUACCUAAUUUAUAUAAAACAGCCAUGUGUCGAAAUUUUAUAAAAAAUAUGUGUUUUAAAUCAAAGAAGGAAUGUAAUUUUGCUCAUCAUGUGGAAGAACUUAGAUCGACAGACGAAUUUUAUAAAACAACUUUAUGUAAAUUUUUCCUUAAUGGUUAUUGUAAAGCCGAUAAAAAUUGUAGACAUGCACAUGGUUAUAAAGAAUUAAAGAGAAGACCAACAAAUAAUAUGAAUGUGACGUUUAUAUGGGGAUCCAAAAUGAACCAUAAUGAUAUGGAUACUAAGAAAGAGAUAAUUGAUAAAGAGAUUAUGAAUAAUUUUCAUUCAUCAGAAAGUGGCUCUUUAAAUGAAAAUAGAAGAGAGAAAUUACCAACAGGAGAAGAAAAUGAAUUGAUUGUUGAUCUAAAAGUAUCAGGGGAAGAGGAAAACCUUUCAGAUGUAAAUGAAGAAGAUGAUAUGUUAAACAUGUGUAACACAAGUAAAAAUAAUAAGAAAAGAGAUGAUUAUUAUAAUAAUUCAUGUAAAUUUAUGUCUAUUAGUACAAAGGAUACUUGUUGUUUCAUAUCAAAAAACAAUGCCGAAUCGUCAGGAGAUGAAGAAAGGUAUCGAUCAAAAAGUGAUUGCUCAAAUGAUUUAAAAGAAGAAGAUAAAGAAGAAAAAGCCGAAAAAAACGGUAUACAUAAAUUAAAAGGGGAAAGUCACGAUGAUGAUAUAAAAUGUAUAUAUUAUAUAAAUGAUGAUGAGUUAGCAAAAGAUGAAAUAGAAUUAAGAGGAGAAGAUGACAAAUACAAGAACAAAAAUAUUCAGGCAAAUAUAAGUGAAGAAAAAGAAAAGAUAAAAUGUUUUAAGGAAGAAGAAAAGGGUACUCAUAUUAACAUGCAAUAUAAAUGUGAUAAUAUAGUAGAUGAUGAAUCUAAUGAAAAUUUACAAAGUGAAAAGUUUAUUAGAAAUACUUGUUUAUCCUUAAGUGGUGCAGAAUUAGAAGAUGAAAAAAAUGAGUGUAAUGAAAAUAAUAGCAAAAUGAAAGAUAAUGUAUUAAGCAAUAAUAAUUCUAACGAAGAUAUUAUGAAUAGACAAGAAGAAGAAUGUGAUGUUAUUAGUGGUAACGGAGAUGUUAAAUCGUAUAUAACAUAUGAUGAUAAAAUGAACCAUACUACAAAAUAUCAUAGAAAUGUUGAUUAUGAUAGAAAAUAUUUUAAUAACGAAGGAGUAUAUAAGCGUUCUAUUUAUUACAUUAAAUUAAAUGAAAACAGUAGGUAUAAUUUUAAUAAUAAUGAUGAUAAUGAAUAUGAUAAUAAUUUUCGUGGAAAGGAUAAUAAUCAUUCUUAUAAUUAUCAAAAGAAAAAAAAUAAUCACGAAUAUAACAAGAAUGUUUAUAAAAAUAGGAAAUUUUUGAACACCAAGAUUGAUAAUAUUAGACAAAACGAUGAUGAAAACAGUAUGAUAAAUGAAAAUGAUUUUAAUAAUAAGAAUGGAAAUAUUUUUGAUAUAAAUAAAGGUAUGAAUAAUGGGUCUAUGGUGUACUAUCCUAUAAAAUAUAAUAAUAAUAGUAAUAGUAAUAAUAAUAAUAAUGAUAAAGUUAAAAGGUAUUCAUCAAACAAUGAAAACAUCUCAAACAACAACGAUAACAAUGAUAACAACAAUAAUAACAAUAUUGUUAAUUUAAACAAUUAUAAUAAUAUUGGUAUGAAUAAAUAUGUAUAUAAUAAUACAAAUGAGAUGAAUAAUUAUUAUAGUAAUUAUCAUUGCUAUAAUAACAUAAAUGAUAUCACAAAUAGAUAUAUGAAUAAUAACAAUAGUAAUAAUAAUAAUAAUAUUAGUUAUAACAAUACUUAUUAUUGCUAUUAUAAGAAUAUGAAACAUGGUAGUAAUUAUGAAGGUACUAUAUCUACUGCAACUACUACAAAUAACAACCACUAUAACAAUAAUAAUAAUAAUAAUUAUAUAUAUGAACAUUCUUUAUCUGAUAUAUCCAAUAUAAUGAUAAUACCAUAUAGAAAUUAUCAAAGAGAUAAAAAAGAUUUUUCAGAACACUGUUCAUUUUUGGGGGGUAAAAAUAUUCAGAUGACUCUUAACAACGAUAUAAAGGAUAUGGAUAUGGAAGAUGAUAAUAUGUUGAAUGAUAAUAAUAUAAAUAGGAAGGCGCAUAAUAUAAAUGUUCAUAAAUGGAUGCAUGAUAUACAAAGCAACUAUAAGUGUAAUGAUACACAUAAUAAUAAAAAUAAUAAUGAUUAUAUUAAAGACAACACAUUAGAUGAUAACCAUGGAGAGAUUGAUUAUGAUCAUAAGUGUGAUGAUGAUUUUAAUUAUUAUGAAGAAAAUAAUUAUUUAUAUGACAGUACCCACAAUAGCAUAAAAGAUAGAAAUACAUUAAGUGAAAACUUGAAUUUACGAAAAACUUGUUCGUAUGAUGGGGAAUUUUUUAAUGACAAGUUUACUCAUCGAACAUGUAGUUAUGAGAGAAAUAAUAAAGAGAGUGAUGAUAUUGAAGGGAACGAAGAUGAAAAGAAUUCAGACGAAAGUAAUUAUAAUGAAACAUGUUUAAAAUAUAAUGAUGAAAAAUAUAAAGCUAAAUAUAAUUUGAAAGAGAAAGAUAUAUAUGUAUCUAAUAGUAAAUACAUUAAUAAUGAGACAAAUACAUAUUAUGAUAUGUAUUCACAUAAUAAGAGGUCAAGAGGAAUUAGUACUAAUUUACGAAAUGAUAACGUAGCAAGAGAUGAUAUAUAUAGAGAAGAAGAAUGUAAUAUAUGGAAUGAAGAUUUACAUGUUUGUUCAUUUAAAAAGAUGAAUGAUUUAAAGAAAAAAAAAAAUGAAUAUUAUAUGGAUGAUUAUUAUAAUUGUGAAAAAGAAGAAAGAGAAGUUGAAAAGAGUAAAGAAAAGGGAAAGGGAAGAAAUGAUAAGUAUAUAAAUUUUCCUAUUAAUAAAAAAAAUGAACAAGUAGAUGAACAGCAUUUAAUAUAUCACUAUAUUCCUUGUAUACCCAAAGUAAAUACAUAUAACACUAAUCAUUAUCCUACAUAUGACAAAAUCAUGGAACAUUAUAAUAAUAAAUAUAAUUGGUUAUAUCAUAGAACAGCUCUUUUUGAACCAAUGGAUAUAUCAUAUGUAGAAAGAAGACAUAUCAUGGAACCUAUAUUAACAUAUGAAAAGGAAAAGAUGGGAAAUAUUUUAUUUUCAAAUAAUAAUAGUUCUAUUUAUUUUGUAGGGAAUGAAAAAAAUAUAGUACAUGACAAUAAUCAUAAUAAAAUAUAUGAAAACGAUGAUGAAACAAGUAGUAAUGAUGAUUUGUUUAAUAAGGAAUUACAAACAUGUGUUUCAUGUUAUCAAUAUAUUAAAGAGACAAUACCCUCAAAUAAAAUAUUUAUUGAAUCUACUUGUUUAAACUGUGGGCAAUUUAUAAGAAAAUCCUUAUGUUUAAUAUUAAUUGAAUUAUUAAAACCACAAGUCCAAAAUAUUUUAUCGGACGUUAGUUUUUAUCAACAAUGUUAUAAUGAUUAA